AUGCUCAUGCACACGUUUGAGAUCUACCGCGGCAAUCGCUACAUCGACCUGCGCAAAGGAGAACUGCCCAUGGUCUGGCCUGCCCAUACCAACCUGGCGCCGACCAUUAUCCUCUUCGCCAUUGCCGCCGGCAACUUCCUCGCCUCGGUCGCCAUCCUCACCCUCUCCUUCAAGCGCUCCUUCCGCCGGCCCUUCCGCUCGCGCGACGUCUACCGCAUUGUCGCUGGCAGCUUUGGCGUCAUCAUGUGGAUCACAGCGCUGGUCGUCUUCAACCUCUUGGACAAGGCUAGCAAGGCUAGCUUGGGAAGAUACUCGUGCACCAACGCGAAUGUCUUGACCAACGGCCGCUACCAAUACCGCGCCGUCUGUGAAGAGCAGGGCGUCGCAUUCUACACCGCCAUUGGCGCAGCCUCCGCAGAGCUUCUCACACUCAUCACUCUCGCCAUCUCCGCCAUCCUGUCCGUCAAGAACCAAGAACCACCCCCGACCAUACAGAUUCGCGAGAAGAACAACUCGAUAAGCUCCGGCUCAAAGUACCACAAGCCUUUAAAACGAUAA